AUGUCAACUUUGACGAGUCCGCCUUUGGACUUUCGCCGCCAACCACCACUGAAGACGCCGAUGACAUUGACUUCGACUCCCUCGAUCUGGAUGAUGAAGCGCCAGGUCAAGCGCAUGCGUCAACGGCCUGGACUAGAAGAAUCAAGUGCGCCAGACAAUCACACGACCCACCAAGAUAAAGAUGAAGAAACAAAGAAAGCUGAUGCAUCAACUCCGCCUGUGUUUUGGCGUGCGAGUGCGAACGCCAUCGAAACGGCAGUAGACUCAACCGAGCCAUCGACUUUUGAAGCUGCGGUGAGCGGUCCUGAUCAAGUGCAUUGGCGCGAAGCUAUCCGUGCGGAACUUGAGUCGAUGCGACUUCAUGAAGUAUUCCGCGCAGCCAAGCUACCUAAAGGACAUCGCGCCAUUGGCACGAAGUGGGUCUUCAAGAUCAAGCGCAAAGCGGACGGAUCAAUUGACAAGUACAAGGCACGCCUUGUGGCAAAGGGUUUCAAGCAACAAUAUGGGAUGGACUACACGGAAACAUUCUCGCCCGUCGUCAAGAACAAGUGUUGCGUCAUCCCUGAAUGCGUGGAAUUGGAGGGCUCCUUCGAUUGUCUGGAGUUAGUGAAGGCAAUCUACGGACUCAAGCAAGCGUCGCGCGUAUGGAACGAAACGUUUGACGAGUUCGUGUGUGCUAUUGGAUUUCAAGCGUCAAGCCUCGACCCGUUUCUCUACAUAAGGAUCGUGGAAGGGCAAUGCGUGCUGCUGCUGGUGUAUGUGGAUGACGUGUUGAUCACUGGUAGCUCAUGCGAGCUAAUCGCACGCACCAAGACCGACCUGAAGACACGAUUCGAGAUGUCUGACAGCGGCAAGUGUGCAUUUGUGCUUGGAAUCGAGCUUUUGGACGGCGCAGAUGGAAGUGUAACACUAUGCCAGCGUCGGUAUGUGGAUGAUAUCCUCAAGCGCUUUGGCAUGGAUGAUUGCAAGGCAGUCGCAAGUCCAGUCGACAUGAGCUCUCGACUUGUUUCAAGUGAUGCAACUACCAAGGUCGAUGCUCCUUUUCGCGAAGCUGUUGGUGCGUUGAUGCACCUGACCACUGCGACGCGCCCGGACAUUGCGUAUGCUGCGAGGUACGUCUCGCGCUUCAUGGAGAAUCCGCAGCAAGAACAUUGGACGGCGGUGAAGCGCAUCUUUCGUUACUUGCAAGGGACCAAGUCGCACGGAAUCUGCUACAAGCCAAGCGACAAGAUCGACUUUCGUGGCUACUCGGAUGCAGACUGGGCCGGCGACCACGCUGAUCGCAAGUCGACGUCUGGUUACGUAUUCAUGCUGUUGGGUACGCCAGUGAGUUGGGGCAGCAAGAAACAGCCAAGUGUUUCGUUGUCCACGAGUGAAGCUGAAUACAUCGCACUCAGCUUGGCGAUUCAAGAGGGAAAGUGGAUUCAUCGUCUGCUUUGUGAGAUCAUGAUGGCUGCCAAUGAAGAAGGACCGGAACUCAUGAUCCAUGAAGACAAUCAGUCGUGUAUCAAGAUGACAAAGAACCCGGUCAACCACGGCCGUACCAAGCACAUUAAUAUCAAGUACCAUCACAUCCGUGAUGAGGUCAAGCGCGGUGAAGUGAAGCUCAAGUACUGUGAAACUGCGGUGAUGUUAGCGGACAUCAUGACGAAGGGACUUCACGGGCCACGCCACAAGGAGAUGACGGCGACUCUCGGGGUUCGUGAGUGUUCGCAUUGA